AUGGCCACUGCUUCUACUUCUGCGUCGGCCUCGCAGCCUACCGCGGGGCCGUCGAAUGCUUCUUCGAAGCUGCAGCAGGCGGCCAGUACCUUCAAGAAUCUCGCCAAUCAGGAUUCACAGCAUCAAGACCUCGCAGACUAUCUCAACGCUUCCAUCAACCAGCCCUACAAGCUCUACCUUUCUCCGCCUUGGGCCAACCUUCGCAAGCUGCGAACCCUCACCAUCCCAGAUGCCGUCAUCCAGGCGAGCACCUCGGCGCAUACAGUCGCCUCGCAGGGACUCUUUCCCGAGAUUGAACGAGCAUGGAUCAUCAUCGACCAUCAAUUGUACCUCUGGAACUACCUCGAGGGCAGCUCGUCCGCCUUCGAGUCGUAUGUCCACCCAACCGACGUCAUCCACGCUGUUUCGCUCGUAGCGCCAAAGCCGGGCGUCUUCAUCGACUCAAUCAAGCAUCUGCUCCUCAUCUCGACGCAAACCUCCGUCACCAUCCUCGGAGUAUCGCUCGAGACGUCUGGCGCUCAGAACUCGCAGCGAGAGCUGCGCCUCUACCAGACGGACUUUGUCGUCCCUUCAUCCGGCGUGGUCUUGAGCGACGCUCUAGCGACAAAGGGAGGCUCACGCGUCUUUGCGAGGGGAAGCGACGCCUGCUUGUACGAGCUCUGUUAUCAGGCAAAGGAGGGCUGGUUUAGCUCGAAGUGCUCGAUCAAAAAUCACACGAGCGCCGGAGUCAUGAACCUGCUCCCGCAAUGGGCCGGAGGAGCUGUCAAGCAGUCAAUGGACGCCAUCGCCAUCGAUGACUCGCGAUCCCUCAUCUACACGCUACAUUCGAAACGAUCCAUUUCGAUCUAUUCGAUCCCGGCGCAGGCCAAUGCACCGCCCCAGCAUAUCACAACGCUCAAGGACAUACAUCGUACUGCCUCGCUCAUCUCGCCGAAUAAUGCCGCGCUGCUUCGCCAAGAGGACUUUGCCAUCAUCUCCCUUCAGCCUAUCCGCAGCCAAGAGAGCCGCACGAUCUGCCUCCUAGCAGUGACUAGCAAUGGCGUUCGCCUUUUCUUCACCAAUCAGCGCAGCGGCUAUCGCGCCUUUGCGACGCCGACGUACUCGGCCGGUACAACAUCGACGCUGGAGCUCCUUUACGUGAGACCACCGCCAGCCAACGGCCUCAACCCGACGCAGACGCCGUCGGUGGCUCCAAAUUUCAAUGAAUCUGUCGAUCACCCGCCCGCCCAGCCGCCAUUGCAGCGCAUCAGUCACGCCCUGUACAAGGACGGGAUCAUGCUCGCAGCGGGGCCUUAUGCCUAUGAGGGAGGGCUGGACAACGUUCUUUGUAUCGGGAGGUCCAAUGCAACGGCUACCAACAACACGACUGUCUCUCCUGGGAGCACAAGUACAGCUUUGGUAUCGAGCAGUGUCUCGUCUUCUUCUAUCCAGCCAGCAGAUUCUGCUGAGCAAGCGACCGACGUCCUUGUACACGGCGCUACCUGGGCCGUCGCUGAGGUCCCGCGGCAAGCAGCAUCGUCGCCCAACCCGCUCGUUCGUCAAAUGACGCAUCUGCCGCGGACCUUCCUUGUUCUCACAAGUUCAGGUCUUACGGUCCUUGUGGAGAGACGGCCUAUCGACUUGAUGUGCGACCUGCUGGAGCGUAGCAGUGCAAGCAGCGCCGCAGCUGCCCCUUCCUCUGGUCCGGCCAGCGCAGAUGGCGUAGGCCUAGUUGAGGUCUUCAAGCGACACGGCCAGGCGCAAAGUUGCGCAAUGGCCAUUGCCGUCGCCGCUCGAAAUUCACACCUAGCCGCCUCAAUUGAAGGCCUCCUCUCCGUCGGCUCUUCAUCUUCGUCAACAGCCGCAACUCUCUCACCACAAGGUGACGCAGUCCUACAUGCUUCUCGCACCUACUUCGACUAUGGCGGCGCCCCGCGGUACGAGCCGCCGCCUUACCCGCAUCAGCCCAUCUCUGAGGGUCGAGUGGUUCUGAGUGGGCGACACGACGGGUUUGGCAUCUACGCUUCGAGGCUCAUCGCGUCGAUGUGGGAGCAGAAGCUGAGGGAUGUCAGUCGGGCUGGGGUAAGCCCCUCGUCAACGGCAGCAGUGAUGGCGCGCGAUCUCGAGGAAUUGAGAGCCUUCGUAAGGCUGCAUGGGGAGGCAUUCGGACUUCAGAGCUCGUCAGGUAGCGGUGCUGCCGGGUCUGAAGGGGACAAUCUGGCGCAGCGCGUCGAACAGGAGAGUCUGCGAGCGUUGUUUGCGCUGGUAGAGAGGACAAUCGAAGCUUUAAGUUUCGUCACUCUUGUUGGCGACUUUGGCUGGGAUAGGGUGCUCAGCAAGACGUCGGACGCAAUCAAGGUCAAGGUGGAGGGGAUGACAUUGGCCGACUUGGUCCUCGAGCCAUCAUCUUCGAGCGCCUCGACAGGAGCGCCCUCAUCGAGCACCACUGUAGUCACCCAGUCACAAGCUUCAACCCCGAGUAACGUCUCCCGUCCCUUGGUGGAAGCGCUCAUUGAUCUCCACUCCACUUCAUCGACCACCUCAGCCGGAAUGGACGUCAUUGCCGACCUUCUGCAGUCGCAAUGUCCGUCCUUCUGCGACGCAAACGACGUGCGCAUCUACAAGGCGCUGGAGUGCAUUCGACAAGCCAAGGAGUCCUCUCCAGGCCCGCGCCGAGAUGAAGCACUCAGGGAGAGUGAGCACCUCAUGACCCGCUCCAGCGGUCGGCUGCCGUUUGAAAGACUACAGGAAGUGGUCGGAUUGUGGAGAGAUAUGGACUGGGUGGCUGGUGCGAUCCAUCUGCCGCUGAGAUGCGCGAACGAAUGGGAUCCACACGGCCUCGCCAGGGCGUAUAGAGAGGAAGGUCUGCCCGACAAUGACUCUGCUCGGCGCUCGGCCUACGACAGAGCCAUGCGCUGCUAUCGGCUCGUCCUGGACACUCUGCGCAUUCUUGACGAGAAAGUCGAAGCGGCUCAGCGCACCAGCGGCGGCAGCGGGAAUGUCAUCGCCCACCUAGAGGCACUCCGCGGCACCGCAUACAGUAUCGUGCAAUCCUCUCCGGACCCGCUCCUGCACGAGUCCCUCUACGAGUUCCUCCUCCACUCCGGCAGGCGAGAGCAGCUUCUUGAGCUGCGCACCCCUUUCCUCGAGGCUUACCUGCAGCAGGAGCCCUUGACCCUGGAGAAGCUAGAGAUGCUCUGGCAAACCUACACGAGAAGAGGCCAGGGAGCAGCAGCAGCGCGCGUGCUUGUCGGAUUAGCAGAGAGCUCAGAGCUCGAUUUGGGACUGUUUCAAAGGCUGGAGUACCUCACCCUCGCCGCGAACAAUGCCAAGUCUGCCUCUGCGGGGGCGAGCCAGCUGAACGGCAACGGUGAGGAUGGGUUUCACAGCACUGUCUCCUUUGUCACGAGCAUUGAAGAAAAGCUCGAGGUAGCUCAAGUGCAGGUCGAAGUGUAUCGAGCACUCACGGACCUUCCCGCCGAUCAAUUAGACGAGGAGCGGAAGCGCCCGCUCCUCGAGGAGCUCGACGCCGCUUUGCUGGACAUCUCCACGCUUUACCGCGACUUUGCCGACCCAUUGGAGCUCUUCGACGUCAAAAUCCUCAUUUACCAUGUAGCAGACUUCAGAGAUGAAGGGCUGAUUGCGGACACGUGGGAGCAGCUGCUUGCGCGGGCGCAUCAGGAUGGUCAGUCCAAGGGGGCGGCGAGAUCAUUGGAGCAUGUAGGCUCUGUAGUCGUCGAGCUGGGCAGGCGCUUCAUGGGAGCGGGUACGGGUGGAGAGUCGCUCGCUUGCCCGGUGGACGUGCUAGUCAGGAAUCUCGAGCGGUACGCUCUCAUGCAGCAGCAGCCCUCUUCGGGCUCAAGCUCAGCAAGUAGCAUGCCCCGCCACUGGGCCAUCAGUACGAUGCUCUCUGCCGGUGCCGCGCCAGAAUCAGUCUUCGACACGCUCGAGUCCCUCUUCCAGAGUAAGGUCGAGCCAUGGCAAUCGCGCUCUUCGCUCGUCUUCCUACUGGGGGACACGCUCGCCCUGCUGAGGGCUUGGCUAGGUGCGUACAUCGCUGCGGCUUCUAUGGGCUCGUCGGUGAGCGGCGGCAGCAAAAGGGCGUCUAUGCUCGGCGCUAUGGGUGGCAGCGGGUUCGGAGCGGCGGCAUAUGAGGAUGCUACGACGACUGCGCUUGUCUCCACACUGCUUCAACGCGGCGGGCGGGCCUCGUCGCUCGCCUUCCCUGCCAAGCGCAUCGAUGACGCCCUGACGGCUUACCUGGUCAGCUUGAACAGCCUGCUGAGCGGUGGUGGUGGUGGAAGUGGAGGCAUGGAGGCAGAAACGAGAGAGACGGUCAGUGGGAUGAAGGUGCUGCAGGAUAGAUUAAGGAGCUUCUUUUGA